CUCAGCUGUUUGCGAUUCUCAUUCGUCCAUUAAUAUCGUGUUUUUAUCCAAUAAAUUAACGCUCGAAUUAAUCUCGGAAUCGGACCGUGGUUGCUAGCCCUGACUUCGCAGAAUCGCGAAAGUUGAGAAGUUAACCGCGGUGUACAUCGCGCGGUCAUUCGUUACGUCGCGUCGGGACGCAUCUGGUAAAGAUAUAAUUGCGAUCGAGCCUCGCGAGAGAUGAUUUUAUCUCACCGGGAAUAAAUAUCGUCUACAAGUGAGCGUGUGUUUUGUGCCGAGAAAAAUACCGGGCGAUUGUGUUGCGUGCGCGGUGACGCGUAAACAAAAUAUACAAUGCUUUGCGUCGGUGAUGUGAACGUGUGACGUAUGUACUUGUAUGAGUGACAAGGAAACUUCCACCGGGCGGAUCGAGCUUCAAGUAUCAUUAAGAUGGUUUGUCUAUCAACUUCCACUUCACGCUGUAAAUCUUGCUCAUGUUCUUCGAGAUAGCUUCGUCGAUUGCGCAAUCAGCUUUUCUCGGAUGAACGUUGCAACGAUCGCCUCGAGGCUGGCUUGGCAUCAUUAAAUUAUGCUUUGGGAUGUCAGUGUUUACAUCGAAGCAACACGUGAAACGGUCCCUUCGCCACCGUCGUCGUUGUCAUCGCAUCCGCUCCGCUGUUUGCCACCCCUUUGCGCGAGUCAAGCCACCCCCUAGGAUCCAGCGGAAUGUAUAUAAGCGACGAGAAGGUGUACGCGUCGAUUGGUCGAGCGAACCUGGGUCGAUGGCAAGAGGGGCGCCGGGUCGUUCGUGAAGCUCGUAGUGCCGCUCUGACCACCGUCGCGGCUGGAUUAUCGUAGCCGUCGUCGUUGUCCUUGCUCUACCUUGAUAAGAAUCGCCGGCGCGAUUGCUCACAGAGAAAGAUCCAUCGACAUCGCAUAUAAUUACCGAUUCUCACUGAUGAUCUCGGAUCGAUGAAGAUCGCGACGUAAUCCCAAAGCGAGCAGAACCCCUAGAGAACCGACGAUCGAGGAAAACGAUCGCGAAAGACCGAUGUGUAAGGGUGACUGUCAUACGUAGGUGAAGCGAGGUCGUUUACACCGAACAACGUCCCUGAUAACGUCGAGUAGUGCGUGUAGUGCGCCCAUCGUGGGAUCAACGAAGAGCAACCACUAGGAUAGUGUGUACAUCACUAGCGAUCAGCAAUCGGACCGUGAAUGCGGUCGCGUUAACAAACUCUCUCCCCCGAGAUUAACAUCGCUCGGCAGCCAACAAAUUCUCCGAAUAUCAGCAUGAGAAGGCAGUCAUUUUGUCCGAGUACGAGCAACGGAAGUGGCGGUGCCGAACCGCUGAUAGUCGUCGAGGAAAGCACGCUCGGCGAGGAGGAAGCUGAGCGCUGUCGCAGGGAAUCGCCGCCGCGAUGUGUAGAUCCGGAUUCCCCAUCCUUGAAUCCCUAUCUGCUCUCGCCGUGGAGGGACGCCAGGAAGCAUUCCUUACCGACUCCGCAAUGUACAUCCGGAAUAACCGCAUCCCAGGUGCGACGAUUGAGCGAACGCGGUGGAGAAGGGUCCGGUCCAUCAGCGAGAGAGGCUGCCUUCUUGGCGACGCUCUCGCAGACGCCGGCACCUCAAUCGGGCCGACGACACUCUGUCGUCACGAUUUCCAGGGUACCGACAACCCUGUUUGGUCGCAAUCGUCGCGAAUCUAUCGCCGCAUUUCCCAUGGGAGGUGCCACCAGGAUAUUGCAAGGCCGCCGAGAUUCGUCCACCGGGAUAACCACCGGUCCGCCCAGUAAUAGUGGAAGCACUCACAAUCUGCAGCUCGAUAUUAUGGAUGACAUCGCCGAGAUCAAGGCUAAAAAGGUUCGUUUAAAAAUGUAUAAGACAUCAUCUCGCGAGCGCGUGUGCGAGAUUCAGCCUCUGGAAGGCAACGGCAGCUCUACGACGCAGAAAUACAUACAGCAUCAGAAACGCCGAUUCUCCGAUUUCUCGGCGUCAGUCGCGGCGUCGACGUCGGCGUUACGUAGACGCGCGUCUGAGAUGACGAGACCGAUUUGUGAACUCGAGGUACCCUGUUCGACAACAGCGGCGGGUAUCACUUGCUCCAACACGGACCUGAUAUCCAUCCUGAGUUCUCUGACGUCGUCCGCGUCGGAGAUAAACACAUGCGGUACAUCGGACGCAAAGGACGAACAAAGAUCAAGCUGGUCUAUGAAAACGGCGGAGCAGAGACGCAAUCGACUCAAGAGCUCACGAUCCAACAGCUUCGACGUGUCCAUCCUGCGCGGCACCAAGAGCAAAACGCCGAGCAGCAGCAACAGCAAGGGCGCCGUUGGCUCGUUCAUCGCACCGAGCAAUUGGUUUGCCAAGCGUCAUCAACCUAUCUCGAAAAAGAAUCGGUACCUGGACGAAGAGAGCGCGACGACGUUCAAGCUCGACAAGUUGAAGAUAGUUAAAACCGUCAAGGAUACACUGGCGAAGAACGUGGAUACCAAGCACAAGGUUCUCUGGGAUGACAGCAGUGGCACCAAAGUAGACGCUCAGGUACUCGGCAAUGCCAUCGAGAAGAUUCUUACCUCGACCCACAGGGGAAACGAUGCGGAAAUAUCGGGCAGCUCAUCUGGAAAACCAUCCGUGUCACCGAACAAGUCGCGCACCGGCAAGGUCACUAGCUGGUUCUCGAGCGGGAACAAGGAGCAAGAGCAAGCGGACUGCGACUCGAUCUGUUCCACUCUUAAGGACCUGUUCGUCAAGUAGUGCACCAUCGUCGGACCGUUUCUUCGCAAUUAUAUCAUUUGUUUUGUUUUGUUACAUCAACGUACAUCCGAUUGACAGCGUGAGAUAUUCGUUGCACUGCCAUUAUUUAUCUUCUUUUUUUUUUUUUGCCGAAUGAGUUCUAUUUUUCCGAACUAAUUCCUCGUGUAAAUACGAAGUGAUUUGUGGGAACGGCUCCUCUCCUGUUUGCCUCCUUGAGUUGAGAAGGGUUCGAUAAAGAGGAAAAUCGGGUGCGAGAGAGGAAUAGAAAAAGAGAGAGAAAGGAAAACAUAUUUUAUUCGAGGAUGUAAUCGUUUCUAUCUGUUUUUUUCUUACGCAUUUCUUCACAAGAAAAGAACGUUAACACCCUCGCAUGUUUAUCCUUUAUAAAACAGUUUUAAAAAGCUUUUUCUUAUCAAAACUCUUUAAAACCUGAAACGAUAAACUUCUAAAAGUUAUCACAUUCGUGAAGAGUAUUUUCGGUCUUUCAAUGUGAGGUUUUCAUAGAUUUAUAAGAUUUUAUUUAAAAAGUUAAUAUUUUAUGAAUAAAAAUAUUGCAAUUUUAAUUUUUGCAAUCAGAAAUUGUACCGUUAAAUAGAUAAUUUACGAAGUUAAAGGCCUUUGCUAAUUAUUCUUGUGACGCGAUAUGUGAAUAUUGAGUUCGAUAUAUACGGACUAUUUUAGCUCUUAUCCUCCGUAUAUUUUGAUUAUAUUUAUCCGCAAAUAAUUACACAUAUAAUUACUGUGAGACAGGAAAUACUAGAUAAUACUACAAUAAAUCUGUCCUCGUCUAUCUCGAAUGAACGCACACGCUCUAUAAUUUUUAUCAAUAGAGUGCGAAGAGAGAUUGUUUUUAUAGAACUAUUUUCAUAUGGAAUAAUUAUUUAGUGUAUCCAUAUAUCAUUUUAAGUUGUCGCGAUAACAUUGGAUAACAUUACAUUGGCAUGAAAGAAUUCUAAGAGUAGGAUUAUGACGUAAUAAAAAUAUAUUCCAUGCUAUAUAUGUAAGCGCAUUUCAUAAGCAUAUUAAUGAAUAUAAUAUGAUGAAUCAUAAAAACAUUAAACUAUCCUUUGCGGGUCAAAGGGAGAGAAAAAAAAAGAGAGAGAAAGAGAGAGCAUAUUAAUUAUAACGUAUAUAAUAUAUAUAAUAUAUUCUUAAAGAGAGAUAGCAAAGAAACAUAAAAAGUGGCGGCUGGUCCGGUAAGUUAAACUUACGGCAUGAUGGCCGUAAUAAGUUGGCACUUUCUGUUAUCCUUCUCCCUGCUUCAUUGUUCAAAUUUUUAUCUAUUUUCGUGCUUUUUCUGAUCGGCGCUUUUUAUUCGUCGAUAUCAUCACAAUUUUCAAUCGUAUAGUACGAAGCGCCACUGUUGUAGAGAUAUAUGUACACAGUAUAAAGAUGUGUGUAAAAAUUGCUACGUACAUUUAAUAAUAACAUGAAACAAUUAACGUUAUACAUGGAGUUGUACGUCAAAUUAAAAAAGAGAAAAAAAUAUUCAUGUUGCAGCCUCAAGAAAUUUCAAGAGUAGGAUAUAUAUUAUAUACAAUUGCGAAUAUGCAAGAAAAUAAAUGAAACGUAGAACCAAUAAAUAUUGCGUUAUGUUUCGUAAAUUUUUCGAUAUAACUCUUAUUCUUGAUAAUUUUAUUUUUUUAACUUUCUCAGAAAACUUGAAACAAAUAUAGAAAAUGCAUUAUUUUAUGCAUUAUAUAAUUUCUUUAUAUAUUCAAAUUUCUUUUCACAUAAUUAUGUUUUGAGAUAUUCUUUAAUUUUUAUUUCUCAAAUGACAUCUGACAAUAGCUAAAUAAGUAAAUAAUAUACUAAAUAGAAUUUUUCAUAGUUUAAGUUUAGUAUUUCUUAUGUGUUGAAUUUUUUAAAAAUAACAUCUUGAUCUUGCCUUGCUCUACGAUGUGAUUAGAACAUAAUUAGACUGACAAUAGAUGUAUGUUCUGUAUCUUUUAUGUUGCUUUAUUAAGAAAAAUUUCUCCCAAUGUUUAAAACAGCUUCGAUUUGUAUUAAAUGAAUAGCUUGAAAACAUAAUAAAUGUGAAUUUUAUGUGUCGUCAUUUGUAGAUAACUGCAAUCGAAGGAAUUUAAAUUGGAAAUUUAUGACUAUAUUAUACAUUUAAAUAAAACUGACAUGUAAGUUAUGCGUUACACAUCUAUCUAUACGUACAUAUCUACACGUCUCUUUGAUAUAUCAAUAUUAAAAAAAUAUUCCAAAAAUAAUAAUUGUCGUUGAGAGUUUUGAAAUCUAUAUGCAAUUGAUUACAUAAUGUAAUUAUCUUAAUCUAUGAGAACAUUAUUAUUUAUUUUUCAGAAAUAUACAAUGUAUGAGAGCAGAGUGUGAAAAUAUGUAAGAAUUAAUUCUUCGCUUGAGAUAAUCAAGAUCUAUAUAAAUCCAUAAAAAAAGGAAAUUUAUAAUUUUUCUUUAUAUUACGUACAAUUUAUCUGAUAAAGAAGAGAGCAUAAAAAUAAAGGUGAAAUAAAAACGACAGUACAAAUACAAAGCAAAUGAAUGAACGAAUCUAUCAUUUAUCUUACUAGAAUAAUAACGCAAACAAAUGAUUUCUGAUGCAGGUAACAAAUUUUCUUUUUGUAUACUUUCAUCUCUAUAAUCUCUAAUUUCUUAACUCAAUUAUUAAUGAGAUUAAAUCUCAAUUACGAUAUUUAGAAAGAAUUGUACUUGUUAGUAUAUUUUAUCUGCAUUAGGAAAGUCAUUCAUGACUCAGUCCAAUCAGAGAGAAAAUAUAGAUUUUUUUAUUGCGAUUAAAUUUCUAUCAAUUUUAAACGUAGAAUAUGAAUACGAAAGAGAAAAGUACAAUAAUGAUGAAAAAAAAUGAUGUGGUACUAUCUGCAUAUUUUUUUCAAUUAGUACAUCACAUAUGUAAAUUAGAUUAUUUCAACAGUGUCCUAAUUGUAAUGCAAAAUUGUAAAUAAUAUUGGUACUAUAUGUUCUAUCAAUGUUCUCGCAGAUUGGUAAAACAUAAAUAUGAAAAAAAUGAAAUAUACGUUGAUUAUAAAUGUUGCAAAAAGUGUGAAUUAUUUGUAAAUUGAUUUUUUAUUCUGAAUACAAUCUAUAAGUAUUGUAGUGUAAUAUCGAAGAAAAAUAUAACAGAGUGGAGAAAAAUACGCCUUCAUAUGGUGCUUAUUUCAUGAUUUCCACAAGAAAAUCAUUAUAUCGGAAGCUAAAGAGAUAUUAUGUAGAUUUAAUUCAUCUGAUGGCUUUUACAAGAUUAUUAUGCAAAUAAUAUAUAAACCAGUUUUCUUCUUUCUGAAAACAAUUUUAUUUUUAAGAAAUCGGAACUAUUCAGACUGUUGCAACUACAUUUUUUAAUUUGUUGGUGUUGUAUUACAGUAAGAUGACAUUUUUUUCUCAGGCAUUGCCUGCAUUACGAUGAACAAACAGGAUUAUCCAUUUUAUAAUUCGUGCACACGCGAUUGUAGAAUGAUAUACAUUUAUAAAAAACGUAAUGAGAAUUCUAAUUGUAAUAUAUCUAUAUAUAUUAUAUAUAUAUGCAAAGUCAAAGAAUGUAUAACGCUAAAGAGAAAUGCAUUAACACACUGGAAUCAAUACAUCAAUUAUUCAUUUCAAAAUCCGAAAUAUCUAUUCUAUUAUUGAAGAUCUUCGCAUUCUUAACACUCAUUAAAAUAUAAGAUGGUAUGGAAAUAUCUGAGCUCAUUGCUUGUGUGCUUUUUUGCUAAAUCACUCAGAGAUACUAAGCGAGUGUACUCGUGGAAGAAUAUGGAUUUCGCAGAAAUCACCGAAUAAGAUUUUUUAUAAAAAAAAAACACAGAUUGUAUUCAUCGUAUAACAAAGCACAGAAAAGUGCUUGGAAUUGAUAGAUUCUUCUCAUUAAAAAGAAAAAAGCAAAGAAUUUUCUAUCACCUAAUAAAAACUAAAAUAAGCUUAAAUUAAAAAAAAAAAAACAA